GAAGAAUGCCUCUAUGUCAGCGCCGCCAAUACCGAUGCCCAGUUUCGCCAGACGUUGGUGCAGAUGAAAGAAGCAAAGGAUGAGAUCGAUAGUACUUUUCGAGAAACUCUUGGCACGCGCAAUCUUCAACCGGCGAAAAAAGGAGUGCGUCACAAGCGAUCGAGACGGCUAGACCAUGACGAGCAAAGUGAAGGUUCCGAUAGCUCAGGGCAUGACGAUUUUCUGGAGCCUACCCCGCUAGCCGUUCACGAUGCUGCAUAUGGAGACGAAGUAGACGAUGAUAUUGAAGACUUGGGAUUCAGGAUUGGGCGCAUGCGUCUUGGAGAGAGGAUAGGAGGGCAUUAUCGACCAAGAAUUGCAGAUGAGAUCAUGUCAUCCCUGCAGCAUAUCUCGAAGCGAAGCUCUCCUUCAGUUCCCGCAAUUGUUCCUUCCAUCCCAGCCAGCGAGCACUUGAAGCCCGGACCAAACUUCACGGCCCCCUCGCUCGGCUUUGUCUUUGACCAAUCUCUCGCACAAGCCUCUUUUUUGAAAUACAUUCCUCCCCGCAACAUCGCAGAUAAACUACUCCAACGAUACUGGGACGCGGUCCACCCCGUGGCGCGAGUUCUUCACAGGCCUUCAUUUGCACAGCGAUACGAGACUCUUUGGGAAGCUGCAGAGAAUGAUGAUAGGGUCGCACCGUCGCUUUCAGCACUCGUUUGUGCUGUUCUAUUCUCGGCGAUAGUCACUAUGUCCGAGGCAGAAGUCUUAGUAACUUGUCGAGUCCCCCGAGAGGACCUGAAGAACCAGGUGAAGCUGGGCGUAGAGACAUCACUCGCAAAGGCCCAGUUACUCAAGUCCACCAAGGUUGAGACACUGCAAGCAUUUGUAGCUUACCUGCUAUCAAUGUGUGUGGACGAGAUCUCUCGUGCUCAUACAGUGUUGACAGGCAUGGCGAUCCGAAUCGCAGAGUGCAUGGGACUUCACCGUGAUCCCACUGAAUAUGGCUUUUCGCCGAUUGAAUGUCACACCCGUCGUCUCGUUUGGUAUCAAAUUUGCUACUUAGACCUCAAGACAAGUGAGGUUCAAGGGCCACGACCUUACAUCUCCUACGACGGGUAUACAACACAGCUCCCGAUAGACGUUUCCUCGCCAAAGUCGCCCCAGUCUCCGAAUUCCUCACCAACAUGGAAUGAUCUGAUAUUUUCUUCAAUACGCUUUGAAUGCCAAGAAAUGCAGCGAGAAUGUCUGGUUUUGCGGAACCGUGUCGAUCAGAAAAAGCUCAGCCUGACCAAAGCAGUCUCCAAAAUUGAAGAGUUCCGCCUGUCCAUGGAUGCAAAGUAUGGGCCGUACCUUAAUACAGCAACGCCAGGUCCAAUGCAAAGAAUGGCUCAUCUGGUGAUGAAACUUUUCACCAGCCUGCUUUACAUCAUCAUCCUACACAGACACCUCAACUCAGUGACUUAUAGGAUCCCGGAUAGGCUGCGUCAAAUUAUCUUGACAAAAGGCACGGAUGCGCUCGAAGCCGCGGUGGAACUUGAAUCAGCAAAAGACCUCCAACCAUGGGCCUGGUAUUUUGGCGCAUACCACCAGUACCACACUGCCUUCCUCUUGCUAGUUGAAGUGUUCACUUAUCCAAUGCGACGAGAGGCGAACCGUCUUUGGCGAUGUUUUGAUUUUAUUUUCGCCGAGGCGUUGGCAAAUGUCCCGCCAUUGCCGACAAGCAGCCCAACACUUCAGGAUAUUAUUGCGCAUCGAGAUAUCAAGGCCCGAUACCUCUUGACUAUGGUCUGCGAGCGGAUGUGGGAGUACCGGAAAGCCAAGGGAUUGAAGGAUCCGGUGCAAUUCAAGGACUCAAUGAUCAUCCUUACCCCUCAGAAAGAUGGCGACAGCUCAGAUCCCCACAUGCCUCUCAACUUCGCUCACGGAGAACCAGAGCCACAACCCGAAAGUCACAUUCAGAACCACCCAGCCAGGGCUGAUCGUUCCACUCAGAAUGUACAAUCCGGGAUGGCCCAUCUGCCUCCAACCUUGACAGUAGAGGGUAACUUUGUUCCUACGGAAUUCUCCUCAGUUAUAGACAAUACGGCUAGCGCUUGGGGCUCCUCUUCAGAUAGUAUCUCCCCAUGGAUCCAGUAUGGCGAGUCAGACCUCGAUGGUGAUGGCCAUGCUGGGUUACAGCAGACUCACCCCCAAAGUUAUGCCGCAAGCGCUACGACCGAAAGCCUGUCAACCUCGCAGUACCUUGAUGUAAAUAGUAGUACUACGGAAAUCGAUCCGCAAAUGCUCGAAAUUGACUGGGUGAGUUAUAACAGUUUCUUCCCCGAGGAUCUACUGAACACAACUAAUGACGGUGAUUUGGAUGUUUCAGAUGAUUAUAUGUGGCAGUCAUACGGCUAUUACAACCAUCCAUUUUGA